AUGUCUAGGGAGGCUAUUAUAAGUUCUUAUGCUGCCCACAAGUUAUUUUCAGAAUAUAUGGCUUCAUUAAAAUUGGUACUGGAGUUAGAGUUGAAGAAGAAUCCUGCAAUUGAAGAAAAGAACACAGACAUGGGCCAUAAGAUAUGGAGCAGGCUUUCACAAGAAUUGUUACUGCUGGUUUUGGCUAAACUGCCAAUCCUCGCCAUUGGAAAAUUCAGAGUUGUUUGUAAACAAUGGACGUUUCUACUUUCACCACCAGCCAACAAUUUCAAAAGUAUUUCAUCUGCUGUUAGUUCUUGUAACUCUUCCCCUGCAUUUCUCAUAGAAGGCCUAAGUUUCGCCCAUAUGAAGAACUUUGUACUGAAUGAUUUAUAUCUACUUCAAUCAGCACCCACCUCUCGUAGGCACAGGCUCUCAUUAGAUUUUCUGGGAGCUCUUAAUGGCAGUGUGGUGACUAGUUGCAAGAGUCUCCUCUGUUAUUCUUGUUAUGACAAGGGAGCCCCAGAUGCACCAUCUUUAUUUUACAUAUGCAAUCCUGUCACCAGGACAUGGAAAAUGCUGCCCCCUCUUGUUGAGCUUAGAUCAAGACAAGAUUUCAUUGGUUUAGACUUUUAG